CUGACAGUCAUCAGUGAUACUACCCUGACUCUUGACUGCUGUAUUCACCCUCUCUCUCUGUACACUGAUUCUUUCAACAUACAGCAUGAUAUUCAGGCAUAAUAACAAGGAAUUCUCCUCAACAUCUGGAACUAAGUUUUAUGAUUCUGACCUGCAUAACUAUAAAAAUGAUGACACGCAUAUCAUGGUUAACAGUAAUACCUAUCCGUCUGACAGCAAGGACUAUACACAUAUGAAUAGAGAGAUCACACUCUAUUCAGACAAUGUGUUGCCUACUACUGAUGAUCACCUUCUACAAACUCUGAAUUACAAACAUCAUAAUACUGCAUCUGACUACUACACACCUUGGUCCACAACAGUCGAUAGUAAUCAACAAAAUCUUGCACCCAGUAAAGUGUUUUCAGUAGAUGACGAUAUUCAUAUACAGUAUUCGGAUAGAUCCCAUCACAGUGAUAAUCCGUUAGAUAGAUCUGGUGCCCUAGAUGAUUUGGUAAAUAAAAUAGUUGAUGAAGAUAGUUUUGAUAAAUAUGAUGAUGAAGAUCCAUACACUCCAGACUCAGCAUUUUUUGAAAGUUCUCCAACUUGUAGUUUUCAAAACCAGAUAUGGUCCACUGGCAACAGCGAUUCACCCACUUCUGAGAAAUUAUCAGCAUUGCCAUUUACUUCAGACGUAAGCAAUAUUAUGAGAAAUGGAUUGCCAUCUCAACAACUGCCAUCACCAUCUAUUGUCAACUCCUUAUCUAGCAGGGGUAAAGAGAAAGAGCUGACAGAAGAGAGGCUGCAAUACCAUAAUAUAGACCUACAACAGAAGAGGGGCUAUCUACAUGAAACUGGUGUUCAAGGCUUUCACACUUCAUCUCAUCUUCCAAACGAAACUUUUGAUCCAGCAAGCAACAAAAUGAACGGCAGUUUUCAGCGAUACAACCACAGAGAUAAUCAUGACUACACCAAGAACGAGUGGGCAUGUGAUGAGAACAAUAGCAGUAUUAUUAACAGCAGUAAGAACAAUAACAACAUUGGUAGAAAGGUCAGUGGUAGAUGGCCGAGUGGGGAUAACAAUGGAAUGAUGAAAUCACAGAGUAUGACUUCUCCUCCACAAAGCAAUGGCAAAAUAAGCUGGAGUGGAAGAAUGGCUCUCCAAAGUAAAUUACAACCUAUCAGCGUAGUGACCACAACUGAUACAAGCACGGUUAGCUCCAAUCCGUCUUGUUCAAAUCCCAGUACGCCUAACUCUGUCUCUGAUAUUACUAGUGUGUAUGCUCCCAACGAGAAGGUUAAUCGUACUUACGGAAACAGCUUCCAUAAUCAUGAAUUUCAGACUUCCGCUAACUCUCAGUAUAGUCAACAAUCGUUUACACAGAAUACACCAACUAAACCUUGCAACAGUAACCCACUGCCCAUAAAUGGAUAUGAUCCCAAAUUGAUAGCAGCGUUUCAGAAGAUGAAUAAGCCUUGUAAUGGUGAAGUCACUAGUCAAAACUUGCAAGAACACAGUUCUGCUCAAAAGAGACCAGUGAAGCAGUUCGCUAACUAUCAAGAUGGGAAAUAUUCCCACCACUAUCUGCCAAUGCCUACCCCGCACAUGAUGCACCAUCCGCAUUCCAACCACGACAUCCUGCCUGUUAUGGACUAUGAUUACUACUACGGUGGCUACAACCGCAACCACCCAGGAAAACAUGCUCCAGGCUAUUAUGGUAUUCCACCACCUGAGAUGUGUAUGCCUGAAAUGUGCCAUCCGGAAAUGUACUAUGAUAUGUACCAUCAUGCUAUGUCCUUUUACGGAUACCCAGGAGCAUUCGGUCAAAUGCGUAUGCCACGUAACCGCAGUGGACCAUCUAAUGAGUUACACUUUCGUUUGGAAGAAUGCUAUGACCAGUUUCGUUUCAUGGAGAAGGAACGUAAAAAG